AUGGUCGUUCACAUGGCGCUCAUAAUACUUUUGGGCUCAAGCUCGCUACUGAAACCAGUUAAGGCGGUAAUUAGUAGCGAUAUUUAUGGACAACUGAUUGGACUUGUGGCCACACAUUUAAAUGGAAGCCUUUCGGAUUUUGACACAUGGACUAUGGACAUCAGUGCGUCGUUAAAUGAAGAGGAACAACAGCGAGUGGCUUGGAAUGUUCCCUGGUCGGAUAUUUUAGAAAAUCAAAAAUCAUCGCUAUAUCUGCAGAACCAUCUCAAUACCGGAAAUCCCUUCAAGCUGCGGCUUUGGAUGAGCUUUUAUUGGCACCUCAGACGUUCCCGUCUUCUGAACGAGCUUCAUCUUUCAAACUUUGCGCGGGAACUGAGGAGCCUCAAAAGUAAUCAUCCAGAACUGUGUAACAAUAAUCUGCAAAACAUGUUGCAGAGUUUGCCCAGAUCUUUGAGGCUUCUGGUGAAGACUCGUCGCUUGUGUCUUGAACACACCAAGGAAUUGUUCUACAUAACUGCUGGAAAUCACUUGGAAUUGGGCGCCAAUGGUAACUGCAGCAUUUGGCAGGCUGAGGAGGAGCACCAUGUUCACUGGCUGAGACUAGUGAAUGCUUGCGAUGAUAGGAGCCUUUUCUUUAUCAGCAUGCUGUCGCAGGGUGCAUCACAUAUCCUUUUUAGUGCGCCCAACAAUGGGGCUAAAGCUUUUUGUGUGCUACAGGGUAUGGCUUACUUCGAGAAGGCGUUAGAUACGCAAAGUAACUGCCUUUGGCAGCUAAAUGAUUGCAGGUUUUUACCCAUGAUAUUACCGGCUAUCAAUAAAAACUAA